AUGACCGAGCGCAUGGAGCAAAGAUACUGUAUCAAAUUCUGCCAAAAACUUGGUAAAAUGCAAGCCCAGACUAUCAAGAAGAUUCAGAAGGCCUUUGGAGAUGAUGCUAUGGGAAAGUGGAAGUGCAAUGGCCCAGUGGUAGUAAAGGAAACAGAGAUUGAUGCUUUAUUCAUGAAGAUUGACUUCAAUGCUGUGGGUUCCAUUACACUGAAUCAAUUUUGUACAUAUGUGCAUCUCAUUUACCAAGACUUUUUCCCCAAAACUAUUACCUUUUUGUUACCAGCUAGAGGAGAAACUUUGCCCCACCGAGAACCAAUUUGUCGUUUAUGUGAAAACCAUAAUGGUACCCUUAUUACAUGCAGUGAGCAUGGAAUAGUUUCCUUUUGGAGUUCUAUGUCAACACUUAGAAAGAAAAAACGCAUCGUUAAUCCUAAUCCUGAAAGACGCACACCAAAAUGGAUUACUGACUUUUUAAUUAUGUCUAAGUAUAAUAAAUUAAUGGUUGGAACUGGUAAUCGGGAAAUUCAGUUUUUUGAAAUAUCUUCGUUCCAUCCUUAUUGCCAAAUCAGUAACUUUGAGAGUAUUCCACUAAGACUCGACUACGCAGCUAUGCCAGAUGACCAAUGUGUGAUAAUCUUUGGUGAUAUGGAUGGGCAGAUUAAUAUUUUAUCAAUAAAGUCUGUUGGUGAAUGCUUAAGGUUAUGGAAGAAAAAGCCUAAGCAUGAAAAUUUCAUUGCGAGUGUUUCUCUGCGGAGUAUCAUAUCCAACCCUAAUAUAAGAUUUGUUUGUUGGACUGUACAUGAAGACUGGGUACAGCAGGUUAAAUACUGUCCACAAAUUAAACAAGUUAUAUCGUGUUCUAAUGAUGCUAAUUCAGCAUUAGUUAUAGGUUGUACUAUCAGCAGUGUUGAUGUUGAGCAGCAAAUGAAGUUUGUCAAAGAAAAUAGUUUUUCUAAAAACAGCUUAAUUGGAGAAUUAGAGCCACCGAAAUCAAGAUCUGAACAUGAUCAGACAACUUUUAAAGUACACAAAGGAGUGAAAUGUUUUGAUUUCAACAAGAAAAAGAACAUACUUGUAACUGGAGGCAUGGAUCGUCUAAUCCGAAUUUGGAACCCUUAUGUACCUGGAAAACCAACUGAUAUACUUCAUGGACAUUCCGCUCCGAUUUUCUAUGUAUACUACAGUGAGGAAGACAAUUGGAUAUUCAGUGUAUCGUCUGAUAAAUGUAUUAAGGUGUGGAAUGCUACGGAUUAUAGUUGUAUUAAUACUGUUCGACCAAAGUCACACCUUAUCCAUGGAGACCUAAGCACUGUCUACUACUCUAAUAUUUCAAAGACUUUAGCAUUCACAACGAAUGUUCUUGCUACUUUAAGCAUGAAGAUCAAAUCAAAGCCGUGCCUUGUGUCACUCUUUGAUAUCGCUACAUCUCAUUCAGAUCCUGUAACCAGUGUCAAGUACAAUAAAAUUUUCAAACAUAUUGUUACUUCUUCAGAAGGAUCUGAGGUAAAAGUUUGGGAUGUUGUAACUGGCAGUUUUAUCUCUCAGUUUGGUCAUGCGCAUGGAGAAAAAGCUGUCACUUGCAUGAAUUUUGAUGAAAGUUUAAGAAGAUUGAUAACUGGUGGCCAAGAUGGAAAUGUUAAAAUAUGGAACUACAAUAGUGGACUUUGUUUAAAAGAACUCACCAAGAAGAAAAAGGAAGAACUUAUUGAUGAAUGUGACCCAGCUGAAAUUUGUGACCUGAUUUAUAUAGAAAUGAAUCGUCGAAGCAAAUAUGUUGUCUCAGUUGGUUGGGACCAAAGAAUAAAUAUAUAUGAAGAUAACUUUGAUUCUACUGUCCACUUUGUGCAUCAUCCAUCAAAGAACUGGGAAGAAGACCUUAAAAAUGGCCAUACUGAAGAGAUUCUCUGCGUUGCUCAAUCUCCUUCUCAUAUGUUAGCCACAGCAAGUUAUGAUGGGGAAAUCAUCGUCUGGAAGCUUAUGUCUGGUCACAUAUUUUGUCACCUCAGAGCUCCAAUGCCAUUUGAAUAUCAAAAUAUUUCAAUUGAUGGUGACCUGAGUAUAAAGAAACUUUUGUUUCUUGACUACAAACCAUCCAAUCCAUGUAAAGCACAACUGAUCUCUACUGGGCCCUAUUCUUGUAUACAUUUUUGGAAUAUUUUCAAUGAUGGCCAGCUUCUGGCACAGUUCUCUGCUUGUCAGAAAAAGGGAGCUAUGGUCACUAGUAUGGCAUUGAAUUCUUCAAAUACAGUGUUAUAUUCCACUGAUACAUUUGGUUUUAUCUACGCGUGGGAUAUUGAUAGAUAUUGUGGAGUAAAAGGAGAAGAAUAUCCACCACCAAUGAUUGGAAAAUGGCGAGGUCAUACUAAGAGUAUCAGCGAAAUAAUAUUCGUUGAUGAUUACCAGCUUCUUAUUACUGCUUCUUCUGAUUGCAGAGUAAGAGUUUGGACAACUGAGGGACUAUACAUAGGUGUUUUUGGUCAAAACAAUCCAUGGAAUGUUCACAAGCCAGAAACCUUUGAACAUCCUUUAAUUCCAUUUGAAGUUUUAACGGAUUCCUUAAGUCUACCAGAGUAUGUAGCUCUAAUACCAAAAGAACCUGAUGAAGCAGAAGCAACUAAUAAUGUUGAAACUAAUUAUCAAAUUCUUUCUUCAACUUCAUCCAAAGAAGCAGAUGUUUCUUUACAUGAUGAACUAAAGGCUGAAUUAAUCCAGGGAUUAAAAGCAAUGAGAAUUGACUCAAGAAAAGUGCAUGCAUCAGAUACAGUAAAUGGAAUAUAUAAAAUUCUACAUUAUCAUGAACUGAACAAGAUUCCUGAUUUGGAAAUACCUGCUUGUCUUAUGAGAAGGAAAGAUGACAUUUUUGGUACUGAUUUUGAAUAUAUGAAAGAGUGAUUAAAAAAAAAACAAAAGAAAAUUUUCCACGAUGUUUGUUUUGUGUAUGAAAUGAAAAUGACUUUUAUAACUGUUUAUAUUUCGUUAAAAGAAAAUACGGAAUAAAUUAUAACCAAAGAAGAGGUCUGUACCUUUGUCCUUUAUA